CUGCUUAAACCGUUAAACGUGAUUAUCUCUCAUUGAGGAGACGUAAAUGAAAGAAUAGAGUGGGAUUUGUGAGAAAUUGAGGUUUUAUGAAGUGGCAUAAGCUUAUUAGACAAGUUUCCUAAUAGGUCUGAAGUCAACCCACCCUACCCGGAGCUUCGUUCUGGACAUUAUUCUCUCUUCUCUUCUCUUCUGUGCUGUGCUUAAUUUCCAGUUUUUGUUUUCAGCAAUGGAUGACGUCAAAGACAAGGUGAAGGGCUUCAUGAAGAAAGUCAACAACCCUUUCUCUUCUUCCUCAUCUGCCAAAUUCAAGGGCCAAGGUAGAGUCCUUGGUUCUUCUUCUUCUUCUUCUACACCCGCUAAUUCCAAUCCUACCCCUCGCCCCUACCCUAAUUCGCAGAAACCCUCCUCCUCUUCAGCUGUAACCAAUCCCAAACCCUCGCCCCAGAAAACGGAGCAAAAUAAAACCACCGAUAAGCCUCGCAAAGAUGAUGGCUUUGACCCCUUUGAUUCUUUGGUCACUAAUUCCAAUAGAUCGCAAAAUGGGUAUUCGCUGAACGUGUUCGAAUGCCCCAUUUGUAAACAACCCUUUAGAUCCGAAGAAGAGGUGUCUGCACACGUUGACGGUUGUUUGAAUAACCCUGUUGAGCGUGGAAGUGAUGAUGGAAAUGGGGUCUCAGAGAGUGAUGGUGGGUCUAAUGAUACUAAUACUGAAUUGGAGGUUUGUGUUGGGACUUACAUAUCAGGGAAGCCAUCUGAGGGAUCGGUUGAUGUGAUUCUCAAACUGUUGAGGAAUAUUGGUAGGGAACCUGAGAAUGUAAAGUUUAGGAGGAUCAGGAUGAAUAAUCCCAAGAUUAAAGAGGCUGUUGGUGAUGUUGCCGGGGGAGUUGAGUUGCUGAGUUUCGUAGGGUUUGAACUCAGGGAGGAGAAUGGAGAGACAUGGGCAGUGAUGGAGUUUCCCUCUGAGGAACAAAUAAAAUUCAUUCAGAGAGCAAUAGUGUUGCUGGAAUCACAACUUGUACAACAAGGACCUCCUAAGAGAGACGAUUUGCCGUCUGCAACUUCUACCGAGAUGGGUCCAAAGGCAGAAACAAAGCCGGUUGACAGACAAGUGAAGGUCUUCUUUGCUGUCCCUGAAAGUGUUGCAGCUAAAAUUGAGCUGCCAGAUUCCUUCUAUAAACUUUCAGCUGAAGAGGUCAGAAGAGAAGCUGAAUUAAGGAGAAAAAAGAUUGCUGAUUCUCAGCUUUUAAUCCCCAAGUCACUUAAAGAAAAGCAAGCAAAAGUUUCCAGGAAGAGAUACACAAAAACUAUUAUCAGGAUUCAAUUUCCAGAUGGAGUUGUACUUCAAGGUGUAUUUGCUCCAUGGGAAACAACUAUUGCUCUCUAUGAGUUUGUCAGCUCAGCAUUAAAAGAACCAGGUUUGGAAUUUGAGCUAAUGCAUCCUGUACUUAUCCAACGGCGCGUGAUCCCCCAUUUUCCGAAAGCAGGGGAAAAUGCUAAAACAAUAGAGGAAGAAGACCUAGUACCUUCUGCUCUAAUUAAGUUCAAGCCUCUGGAAACAGAUUCUGUUGUUUUCACCGGUCUCAGAAAUGAAUUGCUUGAAAUCAGUGAACCACUUGUAAAUGGUUAAGCAAUUUAUUUUGUAUGAAUUAUAUCUGUUCUACUUUCCAGAGUUUUUUUUAAUUGGUGUGGAUAUAGAUAUAAUUUUUUCUACUCAUUUUUAACUGAUAUUUUCUAUGAAACUAUAUAAUACUGUGAUACAUCUCAAUACAAAUAAAUCACUGUGAUGAUUGAUGAAGCAA